AUGGUUGCUCAAGUUACAAGUAAAGCCGAAUUCGACGAAGCUUUGAAGUUCGAAGGUUUAGUCGUUGUCGAUUUCUUCGCCACCUGGUGUGGUCCAUGUAAGAUGAUUGCUCCAUUCUUGGACAAGUUUGCUGCUCAAUUCACCCAAGCCAAGUUCAUCAAGGUUGAUGUCGAUGAAGUUUCUGAAGUUGCUGCUGAAUACGAAAUCAGUUCCAUGCCAACUGUUCUCUUCAUCAAGGAAGGUAAGAUCGUUCAAAAGGUCAUUGGUGCCAACCCAUCUGCUCUUAAGCAAGCUGUUGAAACUCACGCUUAA